AUGGUGAAGGAGACCGAGUACUACGACGUUCUCGGCAUCAGCCCUUCUGCAUCCGACGACGAGAUUCGCAAGGCCUAUUGUCACAAGAGGCAUUUCGAGAUUGAAAAGUCCAGCCAAACCUCCUACGGUCCUCUUCAACUACUCUCUCCCCACCUUUCCAAUCCUUUCUUCCUUCUUCAUCUUCUCUUCCUCGAGAAAAUCUUCACUGAACGUCAAGGGAUCGACAGAAGCAUGGAUCGAGAGCAAGAAGAGAUGCAGUUCCUCGGCCUCGUCGGCAUCUGCAAAGAGUCCUGCAAGGUCAUCUUCUCAUGGAGGAAGAUCUUCACCCAGAUCACCUCGGCCCUGAUCCUCCCUCUCGCCUUCGUCUUCCUCCUCCACAUAGAAGUCUCCGACGUCCUCUACUGGCGGAUCGUCCGCAACGAGAUCCGGCUCAACGAGACCCGCCCCGAUAGUUCCCGCCAUGACAGGAUCUCCAGCGUCCUCUCCAAGGAGUGGGCCGUCUACCUGCUCUUCAAUGCCCUCUACUUCACCGCCCUCCUCGUGUUCUCCCUCCUCUCGACCUCAGCCAUCGUCUACACCAUCGCGUGCAUCUACACCGGCUGCGAGGUCACGUUCCGGAAGGUGAUGAGCGUGGUCCCGAGGGUCUGGAGGCGGCUGAUGGUCACCUUCGUGUGCAUCUUCCUGGCCAUGUUCGUAUACCACUUGGUCGCCAUGAUGAUCCUGUUCACGUGCGCGAUCUUCAUCGGUGACACGAACUUCGGCAUCCUGAUCCUCUUCCUUCUAGGGAUCGCGUACUUGGUCGGGUUCGUGUACAUGACCAUAGUGUGGCAAUUGGCGAGCGUGGUCUCCGUCCUGGAGGAAGAUUACGGGGUCAAGGCCAUGAUCAAGAGCAAGAACCUGAUAAAGGGGAAGAUCGUUGUGUCCAUAAUCAUAUUCUUUGUGCUCAACAUAUCCUUCUUUCUAAUUCAAUUCGCGUUCAGGAGUUGGGUCGUUUAUGAUCGCCUGGCAGGGACAUUAAGCAGGUCUGGCUAUGGAAUUCUGUGUUUCUUUCUUCUUUCCAUGCUGAUGCUGUUGGGGCUUGUCGUCCAGACGGUGAUCUACUUCGUCUGCAAGUCGUACCACCACGAGAACAUCGACAAGUCGGUGCUGUCGGAUCAUCUCGACGUCUAUCUCCUCGGAGAGUAUGUUCCUCUGAAAUCCAAGGAUGUUCAGCUUGAGCAAUACGACGUUUGA